AUGGAUCUUCUCAACCUCUCCUGCAUUCUCUUUUGUGUCUUGAACUGCUUCACCAUGCUUCCCUCUUCUCCCGCUCAAGACUCGCCUCAAGACUAUCUCAAUGGCCACAAUCAGGCCCGUGCUGCAGUUCGUGUCCGGCGUAUCCAAUGGGACGAGAAGGUGGCAAAUUAUUCCAGACAAUAUGCCAACCUACGCAUGAAUGAUUGUAGGUUGGUGCAUUCAAAUGGACCAUACGGGGAGAAUAUUGCAUGGGGUAGCCCUGACUUGGGUGGCACCGAUGCAGUCAAACUUUGGGUGAAUGAGAAGCAGUACUACGACUAUAACACCAACUCAUGCGCCAGCGGAAAGGUGUGUGGCCAUUAUACUCAAGUGGUUUGGAAGAACUCAGUGAGACUUGGAUGUGCAAAAGUGAAGUGCAGAAACAAAGGUGGUGUGUUUAUUGUUUGUAACUAUGACCCUAGAGGCAAUAUUGUUGGUCAGAGGCCAUAUUAAAGGAUAUAUGUGUGUGUG